GUCAGAUCCUGACUGAGGACAAUGAUGAUAUAGUAACCGAUGGGGAUCCCAGGCAUCUUCAAGGAGAUCGGCAAGGGCGAGCGAAUUGCAUUAGCGAAGCUCGCCAUUGAGCAUCUUGAGAAAUCGAAGCGACCACUUCGAAUAGCCAUUGAUGCAGCAAUAUGGAAUUUCCAGACUCAAUCCGGCCAAGGCGGGAAGAAUCCUGCCUUGAGGACCCUUUUCUACCGGCUUGUUAAACUACUUGCUCUCCCCAUCGACCCAGUGUUUGUCUAUGAUGGCAAGAACAAGCCCCUCACUAAGCGGGGACGAACAGUAUCUCGAUAUGGCACAUGCAUCUCGAACGAAAUGUCGAAGAAGUUGAUCCAAGCGUUCCGAUUUCCAUACCACACUGCUCCGGGUGAAGCUGAAGCUGAGUGUGCAAUGCUACAGAGCAAAGGUCUAGUUGACGCCGUCAUGAGCCAGGAUGUGGAUGCAAUCAUGUUUGGCUCAACUCUAACGUUGAGAGACUGGUCGAAGGAGGCUUCCAAGCAUAACAAGUCGCCUACGCAUGUCAGUGUCCUUGACCAUCUCAGGAUUAAAUCUCUUUCUGGUUUGGAUCCUGACGGGAUGAUCUUGGUGGCUUUAUUGAGUGGUGGUGACUAUGAUGAAGCUGGUGUCGCCGGAGUUGGUUCGACUUUGGCAUGUGAGAUUGCACGGGCUGGCUUUGGAGGCGACCUCCUCGACUUGGUGCGCAAGGCUGAUGAGGAUGGUGUCAAGGAAUGGCGGGAACGUCUUCAAUACGAGCUUGAAACGAAUGAGAGUGGCUACUUCAAGAUGAAAAGGAAGUUGGUCAAGAUCCCAGAGACGUUUCCCAACCGCAGAAUACUGAAUUACUAUCUAAACCCUGCUGUGACGCCCGAGGCCGAAUUGCUGAACCUGGAAAGAAAGUGGCAGCAGGCAUGGGAAUCCGAAGUUGAUAUUCUAGCUAUGCGAGAAUAUGUCCGAGAGAUGUUCGAAUGGGAUUUCAAGCCAGGAGCCUGGAAAUUUGUGAGGGUAAUAGCACCGGCGCUCCUUGCAAACAGAUUACUACGCACGCAACAAAGUGGGAUUCACUCAGCGGAUCAGAUCACCGAGCGCAGGAAACAUUUCAUAACCGAUGGAAUUCCCGAGCUCAGAGUAACUAUGAUCCCAUCAGAGGUUGUCGGGAUCGACCUGGGUGCGGAGAAAGACAGUCCGGAGUAUCUUGAAAGUCUGACCGCAGAUGAUGAAGGCCAGGGCUUACUCGAAGUUGACAAUGAUGAAGAGGCCGAGGCAGCUCCACCAAGUCCAUCAAAGAAGAGAAAAGUGCCGCCUUGGCUACCAGAUGCACCAGAGAAGGUCUGGAUUGCCGAAAUGAUAGUAGAUGCCGGCGCUCGAGAUCAUCUGCAAGAAUGGCGUCGGUUACAAGAAGAAGCUGCGAACGAUCCCAAGAAGUUUGCGGCUCGGAAAUGCAAGAAAAAAAAUGAGACUAAGUCGAAAGCAGCAAGUGUCAUGCCAACGGGGGCAAUUCUGAAUUACAUGUCUGCUUCGAAACCAUGCAGCCAGCCAGUAACAUCAAGAAACACGAGACUUGGUGCUUCUUCUCUUCGUGGCCAGGACAGUGGUGACACAACCACAGGCCUCUCACCGCCGCCGAAGUUGAUACCUAGCCAGAGACUGCUAGCUAGUCCACCGACCAUGCAUGACUUUUUCAAGGUCAACAAGAGUAACCACCAAUUGGAUGUUCCAGCCAAUCCUCUCAGAAACAUCCCGAACACUCCAUCGCGGAAGAAAGCUGUCGAUGAACGUGUUGCCCUGAAAUCUUCUUCUAUGCAGCCGAGUAAAGAGAGUACGGAAAAGCAACCCGCUGGAGACUUAAGCCUUCCACAUCCCGAAGGUAAGUCGGAAUCGGUAAUAAAGAGGAACAGGAGGAGACGAGAACAAAGACUCUGCACCGAAAAGGUGCUCAAUCCAAACGAAGAUUCAGAGGACGGCAUCCCUACAAGUCCCAAGCGGUCGAUCGAAAGUUUCUUCGCGCCUUAUAUAACUGCAAACCAGGCCAAGCAGACUUCAGCUAGUGCUUUGACAAGUAUUGCGGGGAAUAGUGCAAUUCACAUACCUCCCGAGCUCACAACUGGCCUCAACACGAGCUUUUCGGCUAGACACGUCCAGGCUUUGCCUCGAGACAGUCUUCCUGGGACGUGGAGGGAAGUCGAUGGCGAACCAAGCCCGAAAGGUGGACUUAACUCAUCGCAAGCACGGCGGAGACGAGUGAGCAUAGUGGACCUGAUUGGAAAUUGACCCCUGAUGGUCCUGAUCAAGGUCUCUUGACCUUCCAAAAAUCCUUAUUCUCGAAGAAGGUUUUGCUUCUGGUGAUCUCUACGGCGGCAGCCUCGAUUGUGGCAAUGGCACUAGGUUUCUCAAUGCGGACUUUGGCAACUGUGUGGCCGUAAUUCAGGGUAACAACUUGUGCUACUGCAGAUGCAAGAGCCUCGAUUGUAUGAUACGAUGACCCUUUUACCCGCUGUGGAUGCAUGUGUUAGCGAAUUGGAAUGUGGCGUAGCGUAUUGGAAUAUACCUCAAUGAUUUCAUCGACCAUGUCGUGUAGCUCAGCAGUGUAAUGCGUUUCAGUUGGCUCGGGACCAAGAGCGG